AUGGGGUCCAUUGAGACAAUGUCUCUGGAUCGUGCAACGAGCAGGAACACCAGAGCAAAGCAGAUAAGGUCAGCCAGGGCUGCCCAUCCACACACUUUAUCAGAGAAGACAUCUUUCUUUGAACUACCUGAGGUUAACAGGAUUUCUGGGGCCCAGAGGGGAAGAACUAUGCCGAAUAAGGGAAAGUUAACAGAAGAGCUUGAAUUAAGGCUUUAUGAAGAUGUGUUUGAGCCAAAUCUGAACAACGGAGUGAAGUCUGCAGGGUGGAAAACACAGUCAGAGACACACUCCCCUUUAGUCAGUGUAAGGAACAAGAUUAAUCAGUUUGAGGCUCUGACACAGAAAUCCCAGGGUUUUGGUAAGAACACGAUCCCCCGACGGGCCUUUUCUGUGCCCACCAGACUCAACACAGCCCAUGAUUGCUUAAAGAGUGAGUCGGAAAAAGCAAGUGGAAUGAUAGGUGAAAAGUGUAUUGGUCUGAGAGACUUAAAGGAAACAAGUAGAAUAGUUAAUGAGGAAGCAGGUCAGCCAAAGUGUCAGUCACAAAGGACUUUUUCGGUGGAUGAGAUUGGACAAAGGUUCGGCAGUGACUUGACAAAGAGGGAAGGGGCAAACAUGGAUACCAUUUACAAAUAUACAGACGAUUCCAGUAACUAUUCCAGCCUCAAAAAUACAGUCGAAUCACCCCUCAAAGAAGUUGCUCUUCAUCAUGAGAACUUGUAUAUAGAUGAACCAGACUACUGUCAAGUCACAAAUGGUCAGAACCAGAGAAUGAACAAUUCGGAGUCAUCCAUGUUGCUUCGUUCAAGUGACCCAGAGCCACGCCCGUAUGCUGAUCUGUCUGGUACAAAUAAGGCAAAACCUUCAGUGAUUAUUUUAACAGUUACUGAUGAUGACAAAACUCCAACAAACUCUCCAAGCCGCUCGCCCCCUAGCUCGCCAGUCUCACUGCUAGACAGUACCUCUCCAAUCACACCGACUGAAAACACACAAACAGCCGAAACCCCCGAGCCAUACCUUUCAACCUGCGCAGAUCCCCUCACCACCACUUCUCAGAGACAGCUCUUUCCAGAUGUUACUGACGGUGAGUCAAAAGGGAAGAAACACAUGUUGGACCUAGAUGCUUGGGUUGCUGGCUGGAAAGCCUGGAAGCAAGAUGAUGCUUUGGAAGAUGAUGAAGAUGAUGACGACCAUACACAGAAGGGUGACGAUUCAGAUGAUUCAGACUCUGGAGAGUCCUCAGUGACCAUCACCAGCAACAUGAGCCUGUCGGAUCGUAGAAGCUUUUCUCUCAGCCUGGCAGAAUUAUGUUACUUUACUGGAGCUGACUCGGAGUCAGAGAAUGACAGUGACGAGAGCCCUUUGACGGGAAGGAGGUCGGCUUCACUCAGCUCUGAAGUGUCGGCAUUGUCAUAUGUGUCUGUGUUGCCCAGCGAAGAGCUUGACAAGCUGCUGGAGGAUGUAAGGAGUUUGGGGGACUGCAAUCUGCAGAAAGAUGUGCACGUGGUUGUCCUCCACAAGGAGAUGGCCGUCGGCCUAGGUUUCAGUAUAGCAGGAGGUGUCGACCAGAACAAACCAGUCGUUGUCCACAAGGUGUUUCCGACCGGUGUGGCAGCGCAAGAAGGCUCCAUCAGAGAAGGCGACCAGGUCCUAUCCAUUAAUGGCACUGCACUUGGGGGUCACACUCACUGGGAGGCUCUGAGGGUCCUGAGGCGGGCCAAGACUCGAGAGAUGGGAGUGGUGGUGCUGAGGAGGGGUGACAUGACGAACAUCUCUAAAGGAAAAGAGGGCCAGACUGAGAAAUCAACGCUGACUCAGACUUCAGAGACUGGUCAAUAUAUACGUGUGCUUCUGGAGAAGAAAAGCCGAGAUCUGGGCUUCAGCCUGGAGGGAGGUGUUGGUCUGGGUGACAAACCACUCACCAUACAGAAGAUAUUCCAAGGGGGUCCAGUGGACAAGAUUAGUCCUGGUGACGAGGUAAUGGAAAUUGAAGGUAUGAGCCUGGUGGGGAUGAGGCGUCUGGAGGCCUGGACUAUGAUCCGAAGACUCCCCUCCGGGCCAGUGGAUGUGGUAAUUCGCCGGCCCCUUAAAACCUCUGAAACAUAA